CCCUCCCGAGGGGGCUGGGCCGCGGCCUCCCUGCGCCUCGGCCAUAUUGCAGCGCCCGGGCCGAGCCGCCUUUGUCUGCGCACCCCGCUGCCCAGUGCCAGGCGCUCCCGGGGGGCUGCCGACGAGCCACGGGGCCGUCCUGCGACCCCUCUUGCAGCCGGGACUUCACGAUUCCAGCUGGCGAGGGGCUGGAGCCUCAAGACUGACCUCGCCCCAGCCUCCCCCACCCCAGGCCGCACGUAAGCACCCUGGAAACUGACUCCCCCCACGCCCCCGGUGCGCUCCAGGUGGCCGUGGCGGUGAUAGUAGGGGUGGUGGAUUCGGAUUUGGUGGCCGCCCGGGCCACUGGGAAGCGGGUUCCACCGCGGGCGGCUGCCCCCAAGAGUUAAGCACUUCGUGGAAUCGGGGCUGCGUGCGCGCCCCCCCUCUCGAUUUCAAGCUGGAGAUCUUAAAGACCCUCGAGAAAAGCCACGUGGGGGGCUGGUUCCCCUGGGGCUUCCUGCCCUCCCCCGACUGCCUGAUCCUGUGGAGCGUCCCGGACGCGUGCAAGGACGUGGACCUGGACGUGCUGGUGGACGCCCUCAAGCCCGUGGGCACGUUUAAGAAGAUCGGGAAGGUGUUCCGGAGGGAGGACUCCACGGUGGGCAUGCUGCAGAUCGGGGAGGACGUGGACUACCUGCGCAUCCCGCGCGAGGUGCGGCUGGCCGGCGGCGUCUGGCGUGUCAUCUCCAAGCCGGCCACCAAGGAGGCGGAAUUUCGGGAGCGGCUGACGCAGUUCCUGGAGGAAGAGGGCCGCACGCUGGAGGACGUAGCCCGCAUCAUCGAGAAGAGCACCCCGCACCCACCGCAGCCCCCCGCCAAGCCCAAGGCGCCCCGAGUGCGCCGGCGCGUCCCGCAGAUGGCGAUCCCCCCACCUCGGCUGGUCGUGGGCACCUACGACAGCAGCAACGCCAGCGACAGCGACCUCAGCGACUUCGAGACCUCCCGCCCCGCGGGGGGCCGGGCCCGCGCACGCAGGAUGCCCGUCAGUUACCUGGGCAGCAAGUACCUGGGUAGCGACGUGGAGAGCGGAGACGACGAAGAACUUGUGGACGCGUUCCUGCGGCGCGGGGAGCAGCCGGCCGGCGCCCUGCCGCCCCUGCGCCGACGCCUGGCUGUCCCCGUGCCCACCGUGGACGACAACCCAGGACCCCAGCUGACCAAGGCUGACAGGUGGCGGGAGUGCGUCCGCCAGGUGUCCUGGGGGAAGCUGAGGCAGAGGGUGAAGGGGUGGGCUCCUAGAGCCGGCCCCGGGGCAGGUGAGGUCCAGCCGGCGGCGACUGCGGUGCAGAGCGCAGAGGCGCCUGCAGCAGAAGGCGCCAGUGGAGGUGAUGAUGUGGGCAGCGGCCUGGAUGCCCAGGGCCCUGUGGACACCCCGCGGCGGCAGUGGAAACCCAGGAUCAACUGGGCAUCUUUAAGGCGCCGGCACAGCAGGAAGGAGAUGGCAGAUUUCACUGCUGACCAGGUCACAGGGGGUGCAGAUAAUCAGAGGGCAGAGGCCCCAGCUGGUCAGGUGGCAGAGGCUGUAGAUAAUCAGAGGGCAGAAGUCAUUGUGCUCCAGGAAGCAGAGGCUGGUGAUAACCAGAGGGCAGAGGUUAUGGUUGUCCAGGAAGCAGAGGUAGAUAAUCCAAGGGCAGAGGCACCAGCUGCAGAGGAGGCAGAGGCUGAAGACAAUCAGAGGGCAGAGGCCCCAGCUGUCAAAGAGGCAGAGGCUGAAGAUAAUCAGAGGGCAGAGGCCCCAGCUGUCAAAGAGACAGAGGCUGAAGAUAAUCAGAGCGCAGAGGCCCCAGCUGUCGAGGCAGAGGAUGAAGAUAACCAGAGGGCAGAGGCUGGUGAUAACCAGAGGGCAGAGGGUAUAGCUGUCCAGGGGGAAGAAGCUGCAGGUGAUCAGAGGGCCCAGGCCCCAGAUGUCCAAGGAGUAGUGGCCUCAGUUAGCCUGAGGCCAGAGGCCCUUGCUAGCCAGAGAGCAGACUUCCCCCGAAGCCGGAGGGCAGAGGCCCCCCUUGUUGAGGGAGCAGGAGCUGCCCAGGAAGGGAUGGAGGCCCUGGCUGUCCACGAUGUUGCCCCAGGGGCCUCUGGGGCCACCUCAGGAGCUCGGGCCCGGAAACAGGUGAAGACAGUGAGGUUCCAGACCCCGGGUCGCUUCUCCUGGUUCCGCAAGCGCCGGAGAGCUCUCUGGGCCAGCCCGCGGCUGCCUACGCUGCCCAAGAGAGAGCCCCGGGCAGGGAACGCCAGCAGCCUGCGGGCACUGAGGGCCGAGGUCAGGGCAGAAGCUGGGUUGGGGGAGCAUGAAGAGCAGCUGUGAGGGGGUGGGGGCGUGAGACCCCGCCAGCCACAUGCAGGGCCCAGCAGGGCCCGUGCUCUCUCCCACACGUGUGCCAGAUGGAGGUGUAAUGGGCUGGUCUUGCCUCCCAGUCUCCACCCAACACCCCGCUUAUUUUCCUUCUUUCAGAUUUAUUUUUUUCUUUUGCAUCGAUUUAAAAAUAAAUGUUUUUUUCUUGCACCCCAACUGGAAUGUAAAGGAAGAACUGGGGGGAGGGUGUGUGACAGAUUCCUCCAUCCAGCUGCAGGUGUGGGGCUUGCCAAGGGGAAGGUAGUCCGAAGACAAAUUGCUUUUUUUUUUCCCCCCUUUCUGUCCCCCUCUGGCCUGUCUCUGAACCCCGCUGUCUCCUUGAAUAACCAGAGCAACAUGCAAAUAAAGAUA